AUGUCGCCCUUCUUCAAUGAGCCACAUGAAGUGGACUUUCAGUCCGUGUGCAAUGCCUUCAAUGUACCUCACGUGCUGUGUACGAGUCUCCAGGACUUCGAGGCGGCCUACGUCACCUCCCAGAGCCAGGGUGGAGGCAGUGUCAUCGAGGUACAACCAGCACUGGACUUUGAGGAGAAUGUUGCCCUGCACAAGUUGAUCGGAAAGGAGGUGGCCCUCACCGUGCGCAAGGAGCUGGUCUCGCAGGUGAGGCUUUCCUGGCGCUUCAGCGCUGGUGAGGAUCCGGCGCGUCCGGUGCUGGUUCUGCUGCACGGCUGGAUGGGAGAGAAGGCCGAUUGGUGGCCCGUGAGCCACAUCCUGGAGGAGCAACAUCUGGGCUUCUUGGCCAUCGACUUACCUGGUCAUGGGGAAACCCAGGUUCCUGAUGGAUCCUGGGAGGAAGCAGCCUUCUACAACAUGCCAAUGAUCGUUGAGGCCAUCAAAGAAGUCUUGGAUCACCUGCAAUUGCAGAAGGUCGUCAUGGUAGGCUAUUCGUUGGGUGGUCGUGUGGCCAUGGGUUUCGCUGACAGCCUUCCGGAGCGCUGUGCGGCCUUGGUGGUCUUGUCGGCGAACCCCGGAGUGACCACGGCCGCGGAACGGCAUCAGCGCUGGCAGCAGGAUCAGCGACAAGCCAAACAGCUCGUCGAGAAUGGCUUGGAGGCAUUUCUGGAGACUUGGUAUUCUGCUCCACUUUGGGCAGGCCUCAGGGAGCGUCGACCUGAUGUCUAUUCCCGCAUGAUUGCGAAGCGCCAGAGAAGCCAAAGGCAUUUGGCAGCGCGGGCAUUGCUGGGGCUUAGCCUGGCGCGGCAGCCCAACUUCCGCCCACGCUUGGGUCAGUACGUCUACGGAGAGAUGGACACCAAAUUUGCGGAAAUUGGAAAAGACUUGGCCUGGUCGCCCGUGAGUGCACUGCCCUGUGGCCAUGCGGUCGUUGAGGAAUGCCCCACGGAGGCCGCACUGCGGGUGGGACAUCAACUGGAAGUGGCUUCGCUGCUGUCCAGCGUGCUGAAGCAGCUGCCAAGAGCUGCUCCAGAGGCUUUGGAGCUUGAAAUCACCGCCUCUUGGACCGAGCCGGUGCAAUUGUUGCUCAAGGCGCCCCUGCUGCUGUCUAGAGGUGACUUCAUGCCUCAUCGAUUAGGUUGCUUGCUCGUCUUGGAGGUGACGCCCUUGCCGCUCUUCCACAAGGAAACCUUGGAGGAGGCUGAAACUCAGCUGAAAUCCAUCUUGCAGCGCUGGGCUUCGACACACCCCAAGGUGCCCUUUGCUUUGAGCCGUUUGGACGGCCACUUGACCAGCUGGCUGAAUGACCACUGCGGAGGCAUCAACAGCCUCGUCGCUAGAGACGAGGAUUUGGCUGCGGAAAGUGCUUUGGUCGCGAAGUUGAAAGUGGGCAAAGAUCCACAAGAGGACGGAUACGUGAACGACUGCGAAGCAACGCCGUGCCAAGCCGUCCAGGAUGCCGAGCGCACCAAUCAGCUCGCACGGCUGUUGCAAAAGCGCCCACGAGCGAGAUUACGUUUGGAUGCCAACCGUUCAUGGACGCUGGCACAGGCCGCAACGUUCAUCAACGGCUUGGACGAAUCAGCCGUGAAGAUUACAGAAUACUUGGAGGAGCUUUCCACGUUGACGGAACGACGGGUGGCCUUCGCAGUGGACGAGAGCCUCACGGAGGUGCAUGAGUGGCGAUCUCGGGUGGGUGUCAAAGAGUAUAGGACUGGAGCAAGCGGCGUCGAUGGCGGCGUGGGCCGAGGAACAUGGCUCGGAGCCUCGGAGCGCCUGAGGGCCUUCGGCGAAAGCGGAUCGGUGGAGGGUGCCGUGGCCGUCCUCAGUUCGGCCUUCGAGAGUGGCGUGGCGCUCUGCCACUUUGCCCUGCUGUCCGCGAUGCUGGCGCGCCUUCGGAAGCUUUCCCUCCGAGCAGGUUCAGUGAUCGAUAUCGAAGAUACUGGACCACUCUCAAGGAGAGCCAUCUUACAGAGUCCUGGCUCAGAUGAAGCCAUCGCGGCAUUCAAAAAGAAGUUUCCGCAGGUCAUGGCCAGUCCCAAUCCCAAUUAUCUGGGCACCUCCUGCAGUGAGUCGGAUCUCCGACGGCGCUUCCAAGCACUGGGAGAGUCCAUAGGUCGUGAAGAGGCCUUAGGUCUGGCCACCAAGGAGCCCCUGUUAUUAGCGAUGCAGGAAGAAAACCUCAAAGCCUCCUGGGAGGCCUUCCUGGAUGAGGUUUGCAUGGGGAAUCGUGCCCAAGCCCUCCGGGUGGUUCGCCAGCGGCCGGUGUGUCUAGUGGGACCGGCCGAAGGCUUCAAGGGAAAGACCUUGGCGGAGUUCGAAGCCGUCGCAGGGGUGGAAGAGACCUUUCGUGCCGCCGCCCUGGGCAUCGCGGCACUGGAAGCUCUGGGGAACAAGGCAAAGGCGCCGGCGGGGACGGAGGAGGACGUGGCUCAAGGUUUGGGCACCUUCACCCGGCUCUCCGAGGAUGUGCUGCAGCCGCCCUUUGCGGACCUCAUCAAUUCCAGCUCUGAAGGAUGGCAGGUGAGUACGUUGAGCUGCCAAGAGGCAUUGGAUCGAAGCGUCGAGGCUUUAGUGGCUGCACAAGGCGAUCGGCAAUGGUGGGGAACUGGCAUCGAACACGAAGCGAACCACUGA